AUCGAAUCCUUGAUGCCUCCAAAGCAACGGGGCACGGUGCCGGACGCGCCUUUCGCUUCGACGCGCUCGGCAUGCGCUGGCCAUUGCGGGGAUGCAGCCCGUCGGUGGAAGCGCUCUUGGAAGAGAUGAACCAGCACGCAGAGGGGGGCAGAAAGCAGCCGAGUCCUGGGACCCGGGCCCCAUCCGCUCCGCGUGGCGCUGAAACCGAGAUGGGGCACGUGGCCUGCGCUGAGCGCUGCUUCCAGGCCUUGCGGGGCCAGGUGCCCAGGUGGCAUCUCCGGCUGCUGCACAACACCCAGAUCAAGGCCUGCGCCAACGCCGGGCAGCUGCGGGAGGCGUUGAUGUGCUUCAGCCGAAUGCAGCAGGAGGGCGUCCACGCAAGUGCGCGGACCCUGGGGAAGCUGAUGAGCUGUGCUGCGCGCGGUGGACACGUCUCCUGGACGCUGCGGUUGCUGGAGCGGCUGGCGCCAGAGGUGGGUCUUGAUGCAGCCUGCCUGGGCAGCCUGAUAGACGCGCUGGCGCGCUCUGGGCGCGCUCAGGAGCUGUCCAACUUGGUGGAGGGCCUGGACUUGGAUCGCAAGGCCUUCGGCGCUGCCAUCAAGGCCUUUGCGGAAGCCGGGGACCCCCAACAGGCUGCGGCCUGGCUCCUCCGCAUGCCGAGCCCCGACUUGGAAGCCUUCAACACGGUGCUCCACGCCUUCGCGCGCCAGGGCCAGGUGGAGGAGGCGGAAGCUUGGCUCCGCCGCGCCGAGGAGGCAGAUCUGCAGCCCAAUGAGGUGAGCUACACCUGCGUCCUGGACGCCUGCGCCAAGGCGGGGGACGGCGCCGCGGCGCCGCGGCUUCUGCGGCGGGCGCAGCUGGCGCAGGUGACACCCGGCGCGGCGAUGUUCGGCGCGGCCAUCGACGCCUGCGCCUCUCAGGGCCAGCUGCAGGAGGCUGAGGCGCUCCUCAAUGAGAUGCAGGCCCGGGGCUUGCCGGCCACUUUGAGCAGCUUCAACGGCCUGGUGAAGGCGUGCAGCCGGGCCAAGAAGGCGACACAGGCGGAGGCCUGGCUGCAGAAGGCUGAGUCGGCGAAGCUGCGGCCAGACGCGCAGAUGCUGAACACGGUGCUCAGCGCGUGCGCCAAGGCUCAGGACGUGCAGCGCUGUGUCCAUUGGCUGGACAACAUGCAGAGUCGGAAAGUCCAGCCCAGCGCAGUUGCCUUCACCAGCGCCAUUUCGGCCUGCGGGCGGCGGGCAGAGCACAGGCAAAUGGCAGAGGAGAUUUGGAGGCGUCUGAGCUGCGCGCCCGUGGCGCCGGACCAGCGGCUCCUGGGGGCUGUGCGUCAGGCCUACGGUCCCGCGAGAGCGGCGGAGCUGGAGAAAAAAGCAGCCAGUGCCGGGGGGGCGGGGGCAGAAAGCAGCAGCGGCGGCGUCUACAAAUGCAUCCACGGGCCGAGGGUGGGGCCCGAGCGAGUGGCCAUCCGCUCAGCGCCCUCCGCGACGGCGGCGGUGCUCGACACCAUCCACCCGGGCACCCUGCUGCGCAUCUCCGAGGACUUGGUGCCAUCGCCGCCGGAAAGCAUUUCACAGCUCUCCACGGAGAGGUGCUGGGCGGCUGGGCGCGCCUGGACGAUGACGAGCUCUGGGCCCGCUGGCGCCGGCCUCGACCGCGUGGAGCGUGCAACGAGGACCGCCAACUGGCCCCGCUGGCCCAAAGGCUUGGCCCCCAGUCGGGCGGUGGAAAUCCAUCGACUGCGUCACGAGGCAGCGACCAUCAGGAAAUCGUAA